AUGGCACCCGUUUUUGACUUCAUCGUGGUUGGCAGUGGCCCGGCUGGCAGCGCUGUUGCAUCUGGGCUUGCUCGUGCUCGUGCGAAUCCAACAGUCCUGCUUCUCGAAGCAGGCGAUAAUCUCGAGGAUAGGAACCUACGCGUCGAUGGGCAACGAUGGUUGACCUUUCAAAACAAGAAUAUGAACCGGGGUUAUAAAACUGUACCCCAGGAGUACUGCAAUAACCGCGAACUCGAUUACUCUCGUGGACGCGGGGUCGGAGGCUCCAGCGCCAUCAACUUUGGUGUCUACAGCCUUGGUGCCCGGGAUGACUACGACGAAUGGGCGAAGAUCGUAGGUGAUGAUGCCUUUAACUGGGAUCACAUCCACGCCCGAUUUAAGGAGCUUGAGACGUUCCACGGGGAGGUUCCAGCCGGAGUUGAUAAAAAAUACGCUGCUCCAAAAGCUGCGGACCAUGGCACAACGGGUCCCCUCCACGUCGGAUAUGCUGCAGAAUGGGAGAAGGAUCUUGUGCCCACGCUUGACAUUUUUGAACAGGCUGGAUUUCCACUCAACCCAGACCACAACUCUGGUAAUCCAAUUGGCAUGUCUGUGCUGAUCAAUUCGGCACAUAAGGGUCUGAGAUCCACUGCAAAAGAUUUAUUAAAACGCCAGGCACAGAACCUGACAAUAAUCGCUAAUUCACCUGUCCAGCGUCUCCUUUUAGAGGACAAAAAGGCAGUAGGAGUAGUAGCGAAUGGCACCCGAUCUAACGUUAUAGACCUGGCCUCUAAAGAGGUCAUCCUCUCAGCAGGCGCACUGGACACGCCGAAGAUUCUGAUGCACUCAGGUAUCGGCCCAAAGGGACAGUUGGAAAAAUUCGACAUUCCCGUCAUGCUUGAUGCUCCUGCCGUCGGCCAAGGUCUUCGAGAUCACUACUUCAUUCCACUCAUCAACACGGUGGCUAGCACCAAUAAUGAUCGACGGGCUUUCUACGGCAAUAAAAAAGUCAUGGACGAAGCCUUGGAACAAUGGAAGCGCGAUGCCACGGGCCCGUGGUCCAAAUUCUCCUGCGAAUGCGGCAUAGGCUGGUUCAAGAUCGACGGACUCACGCAGACGAAGGAGUUCGAAGACCUCCCCUCUGAGGAGCAGGAGUACCUUCAAAAAGAAACCGUCCCGCAUUACGAAAUCUUCACUCACUUUCCCAUCCAUUGGUUCGUCCCGGAUUUCCCAGACUCGGCUCUCGAUUAUACCUGUCUGCUUGUUUUCCUAUACAACGCCCAGGCCCGUGGCGAGGUUACAUUGCAAUCUUCGGAUCCAAACGAGCCUCUGCGCAUGGAUCCAAAAUUCCUCUCCCACCCCUUUGAUCGUCGUGCUGCAAUUUAUUCACUCCGUGAUGCAUUCCGCAUUGCAAAACAUCCUACUUAUAUCAAGGAUAGGUUGGCGGAGUUAGCUGCGCCCAAAUCUAACUCUGACGAGGAUCUCUUGGAAUAUUGGAAGCAGAAUAUCUCGUCCAGCUGGCAUAUGAUAUGUACCGCCAAGAUGGGCAAGGCUGGAGAUGUCGAUGCAGUUGUCGAUUGUGAUUACCGCGUCAUGGGUAUCGAUGGUCUUCGCGUGGCAGAUAUGAGUGUGAUCCCUGUGUUAGUGAGCGGGCAUAUCCAAGCCGCAGCGUAUGUGACUGGUGAUACUUGCGCGGAAAAGCUCAUCAAAGAAUAUAAUCUUGCAUGA